UGGGCUUAUAAAUUGAACCACGGUUUAUUUAUUUUUAUAGCAUAGCCUGUGUUUAGCUACAUUAUGGACAGUUUGCACCAUUAAAAGUAUGCCGAAUUAGCUGUUAGCAGUUCUUGUCUGCAAUUUAUUCAUGGACGACAACUAUCACUAGAUACUUUGAUAUUGAGGAAAACUUAAAAACGGGAUGAAGUUCUGGAUUUAUUUUUGGAUUUUCUACAUGGUUAAUGGACGUUAACGGGCCAUGGACAUCGGAGAUAAAGAGGUCUUCAGAAACACUGGAAGCUACGUUAAGCUACUCUUGGACUGAGGGCCUGCACCAGUCUGUGUUGUGCUGUUUGGACAAACCACAAAUGACAAAACCUGAACAAGGAGUCUCUGAAGACCACUGCUUGGGCUAGCCGCUCCGGGCCUGAGCUUAAGCUAGCCACUGAUGCCAUCUCAAGACGAAAACAUCAUUCUGACCACAACCACCAGAAACUGAGACACCCAGAGGAGAGAUGGAAAAGCCAGUCUUGCAGACACAGCCGUCCACCCUGCCUUUCUUCGACACGGCCCAUGCCUUCAACCUGCUGCGGGGGAUCCAUGAACUCCGCGCCGAGCGCAAGUUUUUCGAUGUGACUUUGUGCGCCGAGGGCCGCGAGUUCCACUGUCACCGCACAGUGUUGGCCGCUGCCAGCACAUACUUCCGGGCGAUGUUCGCAGGAACUUUGAGGGAGAGCGUUAUGGACCGAGUAGUUCUACACGAGGUGUCAGCCGAGCUUUUGGGCCUGCUGGUGGACUUCUGCUACACCGGACGGGUCACCGUCACCCAGGAGAAUGUGGACGUGCUACUGAAGACGGCCGAUCUGUUUCAGUUCCCCUCCGUCAAAGAGGCCUGCUGUGCUUUCCUGGAGCAGCGGCUGGACGUUUCCAACUGCUUAGAGAUCCAGGACUUUGCCGAGGCCUACGCUUGCCGCGAGCUGGCGACCAGCGCUCGCCGCUUUGUCCUCAAAAACAUAAUGGAGCUGGCCAAAGCGAAGGACUUUGAGCGGUUGCCGUGGAAGCGCCUCUUUGAGUUUCUGUCAGAUGACGAGCUUUGCGUGGACAAAGAGGAGGUAGUUUAUCAGAUCGCCGUGCGCUGGGUGAAGGCUGACCUCAAGCGAAGGCUGCACUACUGGCCCGAGCUCCUACAGCAGGUGCGACUCCCCUUUGUCCGGAGGUUCUUUCUGUUGGCCCACGUGGAGAGCGACCCGCUCGUCUACCUGUCGCCCACCUGCCUCCGCAUGGUGAACGAGGCCCGGAGCUUCCAGUCCUGCGAGUACGACCGCCACGACAGGCCCUGCCACCGAAUGCGGCCGCGGCCGUCCACGGGGCUGGCAGAGAUCCUGGUGGUGGUAGGAGGCUGCGACCAGGACUGCGAUGAGCUGGUCACAGUGGACUGUUACAACCCCCAGACCGGACAGUGGCGCUACCUGGCCGAGUUCCCCGACCACCUCGGAGGGGGCUACAGCAUAGCUGCCCUCGGAAACGACAUGUAUGUCACAGGUGGCUCCGAUGGCUCUCGCCUCUACGACGGCGUGUGGCGCUACAAGUCGAGCGUUAACGAGUGGACCGAGGCGGCGCCCAUGCUGAAGGCCCGCGAGUACCACAGCUCUAGUGUGCUGAAAGGUCAGCUCUAUGUGGUGGCAUCGGACAGCACGGAGCGCUACGAUCACGCUCUGGACUGCUGGGAGGCCUUACCGCCCAUGCUGCACGCCAUGGACAACUGCUCGGUCACCACGUGCAGCGGACGCCUGUACGCCAUAGGCUCCCUGACCGGGGAGGACACCAUGGCCAUCCAGAGCUACGAUGCAGACUCCAACCGCUGGGCCAUGGUCAGCUGUGGACAGCUGCCGCCGUGGUCCUUCACACCCAAAACUGUGACCCUCAAAAGCCUCAUCUACUUCAUCAGGGAUGACUCGGCCGAGGUGGAUGUUUAUAAUCCUCAAAAGAACGAGUGGGACAAAAUCAGUCCGAUGACCCAGGUCCACGUUGGAGGCAGUGUGGCGGCCCUGGGCGGUAAAUUAUAUGUGUCUGGUGGUUACGACAACACGUUUGAGCUGUCGGAUGUGGUGGAGGCGUACGACCCGACCACCCGCUCCUGGACUCUUGCCGGACGACUGCCUCAGCCCACAUUCUGGCACGGCAGCGUCAGCAUAUUCCGCCAGUUCAUGCCGCAGGUGUCCAGCGCAUUCGAACCCGCCGACAUACCCGAGUCAAACGCCAUCCACCUGCACCGGCACCAGCGCCCGCACGCGCUCCACAACCUCAACAACAAUCCCAUCCAAAACCAGAACCAGGAUGUGAACCCAGCACACUGAGUUUGGGCCCAGAAACCCAUGUUGACAUUUUCAGUGUGUUCUCCCUCAUUGUCAGCAGUCUGUUGGCUGGCUGAGUUCCAAAAAAGACCUGGUGUUUCUUAGCCCCGUUUCGUCUCACUGCGUGGGAGCCCGUCCCGGAUGGAUAGAAAAGUUUAGGGAAGCCACUGCCUUCAAGUCAAAAGUGGGGGAAUUUAACCAAACCAAACCGUUAAGUGUUCAUUCACACUAGAUAGUCGGUCCGGCAAUUCGCCGCGGGAAUGUGCGGUUGUGGGAUAUAACUUAAAAGGCCCAUUUGUGUGACAUCCUGUUGUGUUCUUUAACACUCCCCACCCAAUGUAGCACGAGUAGACUUUAAAUUUCACAAUGUUGGUUUUCCACCAGAUUACUUAUAGGUCUUGACAUUGCCGACCGUACUUGAAGGCAGCUUAUUUCAGGGAGAAAGAAAAGAGACUGAGGAACUGUGCUUUGUGCUGGAGCUCGUUGCAGGAAACAGUCAGCUGUUACACCAACUCCUGGGCACAUAAGUGCUUGUGUUUUGUUUUUAACCUUCAUAGGGUUUUCCCUGGGUUUUUAAAGCACUAUGGUGCAAAUGACUGCAUACACUCAUUUGCAUAUUGGUGACGUCAUCUUGCAAUUAUUUGCAUAAAGCUUGGUGAUUGUCGGUUGCAGCAAGUGAUACAUCACCAAACAAAAAGCUAAACUUGGAGGUGCCUUUUUAUAUAUAUAAUAACAGUUCCCAUUUUGAGACUUGUUGACUCAAAAAGCAGAAAUAGUUGAUGUGUGAAGAAUCAAAAAAUAGGGCGAGAGAGAGAGGACAGACCCUGGCUCUUUUCUCACCUCUACAAAUCUGAACAGCCACGGCCUGAAGCGAGUGUGAAUGUCAGAUUGUCGGUUACAGAAAUUCUGGGAAGCAUACUGGCAGCCUCAUCCUAAAGGUCUUUUCUCCUGUAAUACCAAAAAUAUACUCAAUAUACAACACUUUCAAUGAA